GAUAAAAUGAUUGUCAUGGGCAAUACAACAUAAAAAUUUUCCAUUGCAGUGUUAGCCGUACGGACAUUCGGUCUUGCCUUUGUAGUUGGUUUAUCAAUAACGUCUUGCGAUUCUUAGUUACCGUAAUAUACAUCAAAAUCGUAAUAGCAUCGCCGUUAAUCUAUUAACGUCGUGGCUCAUGCGAAUUAUUCGGUCGGUUCAUUUGUUUUUGAGUCCAUUCACAGGAUGCCGGAUAUUCAAUUGCUGAGUUGAAGUUCAUCGCGAAAUAAAGGAAUAACACUCACGAUCGACGGUUAAUUGAAAAAUUAACGCCGUAAGUGCGGCGUGUGAUGAAAAGCUGGACGUGUUAAUCGUAGUUCGUAUGUUAUUUUAAUUUAUUUUUUCUCAAGAUUGAAAAAUGGAAAGCGUUAUGGAUUUCGCAUGCACUCUUGUUGUUUCAUCGUGUAUACUAUAAUUUAUUUUCUGACAACUUUAAUGCAACACAAGACUAAUUUGGUUUGCCUAUGUCAGUUAAGUUUUUAUGUGUUACAAUACCAUAGUCUUGAUUAAAUACGCUCAUGUAUAUUUGUUAACUUUACAUGGCAGAAAACACCUCAGCCUCCAAUAACAGUGGUCUUGUGGAGUUUAACCACCAUUUAGUGUCUGAGCAAGAAACAAGAAUGAGCGGAUCCGGUGGAUCAAAUAGUGGUGGGACAUCAAUCGGUAAUCCAACUGCUAGUGUUGGCACUGUUAGUGUUUUAUUACCGAGUGGUGGUGGUGGAGGUGGUGGAACCAAGCGUAGAAGUGCUGUUGGUAAUAAUAAUUCUCAUAAUGUUGGUGGUUCUACUUCAAAUUCUACAUCUAUAUCAGCAGAUUUAGCAUCAUUAUUUGAGUGCCCUGUAUGUUUUGAUUAUGUUUUACCUCCAAUAUUACAAUGUCAAAGUGGUCAUUUAGUUUGUAGUACAUGUCGACCAAAACUUAAUUGUUGCCCAACAUGCCGUGGUCCUCUUGGAAACAUACGCAAUUUAGCUAUGGAAAAAGUUGCUUCAACGGUCAUGUUUCCUUGCAAAUAUUCAUCUUCAGGUUGCCCAGUAUCAUUGUUGCAUUCUGAAAAAGUUGAACAUGAAGAAUUAUGUGAAUGUCGUCCAUAUACUUGUCCAUGCCCAGGUGCUUCAUGUAAAUGGCAAGGUGCAUUAGAACAAGUAAUGGAACAUUUAAUGGUAGCUCAUAAAUCAAUAACAACAUUACAAGGAGAAGAUAUAGUUUUUCUAGCGACAGAUAUAAAUCUUCCUGGAGCAGUAGAUUGGGUUAUGAUGCAAUCAUGUUUUGGUCAUCAUUUUAUGCUGGUACUAGAAAAACAAGAAAAAUAUGAAGGUCAUCAACAAUUUUUUGCUAUUGUACAGUUGAUUGGCAGCCGGAAGCAGUGUGAUAAUUUUGCUUACAGGCUAGAACUUAAUGGACAUCGGAGACGUUUAGCUUGGGAAGCAACUCCAAGAAGCAUACACGAAGGAGUUUCAACAGCAAUUUUAAAUUCGGACUGCUUAGUAUUUGAUACAAGUACAGCACAGCUCUUUGCAGAUAAUGGUAAUUUAGGAAUCAAUGUUACUAUAUCCACAAACGUCUAAGGCAGAGAAAUCCAUGAUAAGUAUGAUACAUAAUACAAUUAAUUUAUAUUGUAUAACCUUAAUACAUAUGACUAUUAUUGCUAAUCAGUUAAUUUAAAUAUUCAAUAUAAAAUAAAAUAAAAUUAAUUGUGUAUUUCAAAUAUUUGGUUGAAAUUAAAUGUGCAAUUGUGUUUCCAUGUA